CAGGUUGUGCCUCUUUCUGUGUGCAAUGACAACUGCUAUCCUGGUUACAGCAGGAAAAAGAAGGAGGGAGAGAAAUUUUGCUGCUAUAAUUGUGCUCCAUGUCCAGAAGGGAUGAUCUCUAACCAGAAAGACAUGGAUGUUUGUUUCAUAUGUCCAGAAGACCAAUAUCCCAACCAGGAUAAAAACCAAUGCAUUCCCCGGAUUCUAAGCUACCUCUCUUACAAAGAACCUUUAGGAAUCUUUCUCACCGUGUUGGCCGUUUCGUUCUCUGUGAUCACAGUUUUAAUACUUGCAGUCUUUAGGAAGCACCAAGACACUCCCAUGGUCAAAGCCAACAAUCGGACCCUCACCUACGUUCUCCUCAUCUCCCUCCUUCUUUGCUUCCUCUGCUCUUUGCUCUUCAUUGGGCAGCCUGGAAAGGGAACCUGUCUUCUCCGACAAAUGGCUUUUGGCAUUGUUUUCUCCUUCUCCAUUUCCACUGUUUUGGCAAAAACCAUCACUGUGGUUCUAGCAUUCAUAGCAACCAAACCAGGAUCCAGGAUGAGGAAAUGGGUGGGGAAAAGACUGGCGUAUGGUAUUGUUCUUUCUGGCUCAUUGAUUGAAGUGGCCAUUUGCAUGGUUUGGCUGGCUCAUUCUCCUCCAUUCCCCGAUGCAGACAUGCACUCUGUGAAUGGGGAGAUCAUCAUGGAAUGCAAUGAGGGCUCCGCUUCCAUGUUCUACUCUGUCCUGGGAUACAUGGGCUUCCUGGGCAUUGCCAGUUUCACCGUGGCUUUCUUUGCCAGGAAGUUACCUGACAGUUUCAAUGAAGCCAAAUUCAUCACCUUCAGCAUGUUGGUGUUUUGCAGUGUGUGGCUGUCCUUUGUUCCAGCAUACCUGAGCUCGAAAGGAAAAUACAUGGUAGCUGUGGAAAUCUUCUCCAUCUUGUCCUCCAGUGCUGGGUUGUUGGGUUCUAUUUUCUUCCCCAAAUGCUAUAUCAUUAUUCUGAGGCCUGAGCUGAACAGCAAAUAA